AUGCGGGAGAGGCAUCAACAGGUGGUGCAGGAGGACUGCAACAGACAUCACAGCAGCAGCAGCAAGCAACAACAACAGCAACAGCAAAAUCAACAGACACCAUCACAGCAGCAGCAGCAGCAACAACAACAACAGCAACAACAACAACAACAACAACAACAGGCAGCAGCACAGUCAGCGACGGAGAUCAGGCGGUACAGAACAGCCUUCACUAGGGAGCAGAUCGGUCGCCUCGAGAAGGAGUUUUACAAAGAAAAUUAUGUGAGUCGACCACGGCGUUGCGAGCUGGCCCAGGAGCUAAACCUUCCCGAGUCAACCAUCAAGGUGUGGUUCCAGAACCGCCGAAUGAAGGACAAGCGACAGCGCCUGGCCCUGGCCUGGCCCUAUGCUGAUCCCGCCCUGGCCGCUUACCUGCUCCAUGCCGCCGCCGCCACGGGAGCCUAUCCGCCCUAUUUGCCGCCGACGCUUGGACACGCUGCUCCCUGGGCCGCCGCAGCGGCCGCAGCAGCCCAAGUAGGAGGCACACCUCCCCUCGGGUAUACGAGUAGCUUACCCUCACAUAAUCCCGCGCUGGCUCGCUUUGCUCCAUAUCCUCGUCCUCAUCCAGGCCUUCUAGCUUCUCCUUACCUCAGACCAGGAGAACUACGCCCUCAUGAAGUCCCUACAGCUCUGUCCUCCUCGCCCAUCACCCCCACGCCCGUAUCGCCUCGCCCACUCGUCGGAGGUCAUCUGGCAACCUGCCCUUUGAGGGACUCUCCUAAAGUAGGGAGCGACUCCUGUGUGUGUGGUCUGCUUUAUCCAAGCCUGCCCAUCUCACACGCCCUCACUCCGACUCUCGAGCCUCUGCCCAUCACCACCUCUCCACCUGUCACAGCAAACACGACCUUGACACCCACCGCCUCUCUGCCCACAAGCGAAGCCGCUGGAGGCCGCACCUCGCCUUCUCACAAGACCAUUUCAACGCCUUCGCUCUUCCAGCCAUACAGAGAUGAUCCGUGAGUGAAAAAGUACUCAUGUGUUGGACGGCACAAACUCUUAUCCUGCAACCUCAGUUGUUGUGAUGAGUGUUUCUUGACACGAACAAACUGUUGACUGGGAAAGAACAUUUUUCAUUCAUAGAAGGUAAGCAGAAUAUUUGUAGUCUUUGUAUAUUACUUACGUACUGAUCGGUUAAAGAAAAGGAGGACAACUCGACAUCAAUGCUUUAUAAGUGAAGGACAAAAUGAGACAGAUCAGCACCAGCCAUGUACAGUAUAUCCAGCACCGCCUGUGACCCGCCCCACCAGUGUCUGCAAGGUGCACCAUCAUGUUCCUUUUAUUUUCCCUGUGAUAUUUAUACUUAGCAUAGAGUCAUUCGCUUCCCGGAUCCGCCAACGCUAUCCCCCCUCCUUCAUCCGCAGAGCUCCGAAUGUGUGUAUGUGUGUGUGUGUGUGUGUGUGUGUGUGUGUGUGUGUGUGUGUGUGUGUGUGUGUGUGUGUGUGUGUGUGUGUGUGUGUGUAUGUGCAUUAUUUCGUGUUUGUGUAUAUCUUUUUGUUUUCGUGUGUGCGUUAGUGUGUAUAGAUAAUAAAAGUCGUGUUGAUAA